AGCAGGGAGUGAGUGAGGCUUCCAUGGGACUCUUUCUAUCAAAUUAAAACAGUUCAUGUUGAUGCAUGAUGUCACCCAGUCAGUCCUGUCUGUCAGUGGAAAAAAAAGUUGGUUGUUUUGGCACUGAAAAAAAAAAAGCCUGCAGGAAUGUUGCUUGUACGGAAACGGUGAGCACACAGAACAACAACGGGCGAGGCCCCUGUGAUCAUCAUUCCAUCUCAGUUACAUGAGGAAAUAAAGAGCAGGCAAAGGUGAAUGCUCGACUAACUCACUAACAACUUCUAAGGUUUGCUGAAGUGUCCGUCGAUCGAAUAACAACAUUUGAGUAUGUGGCCGAAUCAAGGACCUUAUCCGUCAAACCCCGCCUACCCUCCUAACUACAAUCCCGCAUGUCCUGCCGGACCUUCUCCAGGAGUUUUUCCCUACUCCACAAACCCGGCAUACAUGCCUGGGCAGUACCCAGCCGUUCCACCUAAUGUACCUCAUGGUGCCAUGCCUUACCGUGCUCCUGGACCUUAUCCUUAUCCUGCAGCUCCAUGUCAACUUCCAUGUGGCCCUUCUGCAGGUGUUCACCCAGGUCAAUAUCCCCGCUCUCCAAAAGCGGGCCACCAAAAAGGUCAUCACAAAGAGCACCAUCAUGGAGGUAUGAAUGCCACGGCUGGGCUACUGCCUGGAGGAAUGAUGGGGAUGGGAAUGGGAAUGGGAAUGGGAAUGGGAAUGGGACCGGGAAUGGGAAUGAAACAGGGGAAAAAGAUGAAGAAGGGAAAGAAAGGGCACAAAGGCGACGAAUGGGAAUAAGAACAUGGACAUGGAUAUGGACAUGGACAUGGAUAUGGACAUGGGAAACACAAAAGUGGAAAGGUAAUGCUGGAUUUAAAUUUUAAAUACACCAAACGUGAAAUAACAUGUCUUUUUCAUGAAAUGUUUCAGGUGUAAGAAUGCAGUCUGAACUAUGGUCUCAUAAAUGUUUAUUUGUUCUUUUUCCCAGUCAUCCAGCAGCAGCAGCAGUAGCAGCAGCAGCAGUAGCAGUUCAGACUAAAAACAGCAGCCCAAGAAACGUUCUUUGUUUUAUUUUUUUAAUCUUGUAUUGAUUAUUAAUAAAAAUGAAUAAAGUUAUGUAUAUUUUUAGCAUAAAACCACAAAGACAAUCUAGAAUAUCACACAUAUUUUAUUCUCUUUUAUUUUAAACAUGUCUAACAGCUUUAUCAUUUAGUACAAAUGAGCUUGGUUUUUCCAACGAGGAGUGAAUGCUAUUUUGUCACCCUGCCAGAACAUACGACACCUAAUUCUAGCAAUGCUUCGUUCGUCAUCUGCAUACUUGUAAACGCCACAGUGUACUAAACGUGUCCUUCUCCCCUUUUUGACACAAGAAAUCAAAAAAUAUUUUGACAUUUCUGGAUGGGCUCAAACUUCCUAAUCAUAGAUUCCAGACAGUAUUGUAAGAUUUAUCUACUGCAAUUCUAUGUAUUAUGAAUGGUAGUCCACGAUGUGCAACGUAACAAGUAAAGGAAAAUAAAUUAAUUAAAAUUUUCUGUUAGUGAUAUAUGUGGAAUUACACACGUUUGGAUAUGGAUGUGUGUCAAGACGGUGUUUAUUUACUGUAGGUCAGCAGUUGGACCUGACCCCUGCUACCUGCCUUCAAAAUAAAUAAAGAAAAUUGUCUUUAUUCC